CAGUUGGUUCGCGGUUUCCAAGGAUGAGGGACGCUCGCGGUCUGUGCAGAAAACGACAGUGACAAAAAAACACCAAAUAAACAUGAUGAGGAAGCUUUGACAGAGAAAAAUCCCAGAGAGCAGUUUUCCGGCCGGAUGUUUUCAAAGGUUUCCUGAGGUGAGACCACAAGACGAGGAAAGACGAUGGACGACAAUCUGACUAUGUCAUCGGUCGAUGUGGACCUCCUCGACCUGGGGUCCACCGUGGCCCCGGAGAGCCUCAAGCCCAACUGCAGCGUCAUCCACAGCCAGCUCCCUUUCGACUAUGGAGAAAGAGGAUCCAGCAUCCACCACGAAUACCCGAUGCUCUUCGUCAUUCCCAUGGCCUUCAUUCUCGCGGUGGUGAGCCUGGCGUCGGUGGUGGGCAACGGACUGGUGGUGGCCACCAUCAUGCGGCACCGCGGCAUGCGGACGCGCACCAACCUGUUGUUGGCCAACCUGGCGGCCGCCGACAUCCUGGUCGGCGCCGUCGACAUGCCCUUUUCGCUCAUCGCCCUCGUCAAGGGCAGGUGGGUGUUCGGCAAGAACUUCUGCCAGUUCAACGCCUUCACCACCGGCCUCGCCCUCAUGGCUUCCAUCCACACCCUCAUGUUCAUCAGCAUCCACAAAUACAUCUCGAUGACCCGACCCUUCAGCAGGGCAAUGACCCCGUUGCGGAUCUCCCUGAUGGCGGCCAGCGUCUGGUUGUGGGGAACUUUCUACAACUCGCUGCCCCUCUUCGGCAUGACCAGCAACGUUUACAAGUUGGGUGCAACGCAGUGCGGCCCAAUCAUUCCGUGCGAACGCUCCGAAAAGAUUCACUCGAUGAUCAACACCUUGGUCAACUUUGGACUGCCCCUGAUCGUCAUGUCCUUCUGCAACUUCAAAAUUUCCAGUGCUGUCCGCGACCACAUGGGAAGGAUGCGGGCCUGCUCGAACGUGAACUAUGAAAACUCGGUUCUGCAGCAGAAACACAUCACGGUGACCCUGGUGAUCGUGAUGGUUUGUUUCCUGGCCUGUUGGCUGCCCUACAUUGUCUACUCCUGCCUGCUUCUCUCGCUCUCCGACAAGACGAAGGUGCCCCUGUACCUCAACCCAGUCGUGUAUUGGUGCGGAUACUUGAAUUCUGCGUGCAACCCGAUCAUCUACGCCUUCCGCAGCCCCAGCUUCCGACAGGGUUAUCUUGAAAUCCUCUGCAGAAGAGGCAAGGAUGGCAGGCUUGGUCUUGGCAGUUUCUACAGCGGAUCGGCCAGCGGGAAAACCAAAACCGCCUCGCAACGCACGUACCUCUCGCAGUACUCACGAAAAACCCCCAGAGAUGGCUUCAAAAAGAAUAACUGCUUCGCAAGGCUCAAUUUGGAAACGCACCCUAGCAAAUUGAAUGAGGUUUCGGUUCGACACUCUCUACUUCCCAACUCAGGAAUUGUUGCGAAAGCGGUGCUGAACCACCUGAAGCACCGCUCGCAGCGGAUCGGCGUGCUCAAGUCGUCGCCGUCGGCGCCCGACCUGCAGGUUUUAUUUGCGCAGCAAAAUCGGCAUCGGCCGCCGAUGCGCCGGUUCGAUACGGACACGUGUCUGCUGCCGACGCUGACCUCGGGGCUCGACCUGAUGGGUCACUGCGAGCAGGACGAGCUGGAGCGGGUGUGCAGUUUCCACACGUUGCCGCCCGAAGAGGAAGAGGACGCGUGUCUGAUGGCCACGCAGGACGACGACGAGGCCAUUCCCAUCGUUCUGUACGACGAGAACGGCGAGCCGAGGAACAUCCGCACUGAAAGCGGCGCCUUCGUCGUCUCGCUGCAGGACGAGAACGGCAGGCUCUCGGGUCACGUCCGGGUCAUCGUCACAGACACCGACGCCAUUUCCAACACCUCACUCAAAACCAUCUCCAGGUCGUUUGGAGAAGACCUGAACCUGCCGCAAAUCGAGAGGCACCGAAUGAGCAUGUUGUCCCUGAUGGAGUUCGGCCGCAACUUUGACCUCGACACGGUCACCCCUGUGGCCAAAAAGACGGACAGACGGGCCACCCACCAAAUCCUGAACCCUCCGUUGCCGCAGAUCAAGUACAGGUCGGACCCUGGCGGUCUGGCCCUGCGCAAGUUCGGCUCAGUUGAGCGCCUCGGAGGAGAACGAAGGCGCCUCCGAAGGGGGCGCGCGCCGCCCCGAGAGCGGCAGGACGCCAACGUCAGCACAGAGGAGCUGACCAGUCUGCCCCUGGGGGCGGAACGGAGGCACAAGGGUCUGCUCGCAGCGGCCGGAGGCGGCAUCAGGAACUCCAUCAUGGCGCUUUUUGGAAAGGCAGGCUCUGUCAGCAAUUUCGCUCCGACCAAGAUGUAGAUUUCGAUAGAGAGAGUUUUGUUGAACGUUUGUGUGCCAAAAAAUUAUUUAUAUCCCAAAGAAGCCAUCUUUGUGCUGGUCAAGUUUUAUAAGUUCCUGCUCUUACCACUUUUGUACAAACAGUCAAGCACCGGGUUUGCCAACUUUUGAAAAAUACUAUCAAUUAUAUAAGGAAAUUUAAAGGUAUGAAUUUAAUCUUUUGGACCAAGAUUGAUAAAUUAUAACGUCUUCUAAGUUUCCAAUUAAAUUUUUAUGAAAAUUUUUUAAAUCAAAAUAUAUCUAUAGAUUUUUUUAAAGUUACUAAACCCUUUCAUUUCAUGUGUGCCAUUCAUUUACAUGUAAAUAAUUAAAUUAAAGUAAAUGCAUAAUUUUGCUCUCUAAUAGCCACUCGAUUCCAUUAAAAAAUAUUUAAUAUAAAAAUAGCCUCAUUGCCUCCAUGGUUGUAACAAAAAGUGUGUGAAUGUGAAUAAUAAAACCAUAUACAGAUGCAUCAUCAAAAUUCUA